UGGAAAGCAGAGGUCGUUGGCAGCCCCGUGACCAAAGUCGGGGCGACAAUCGGGUCUUGACCGGACUUCCGUCGCAGCAGUGCAUCUCAGCUGGAAACAGAAACAUGAUCGGAAUGGUCAAGUUUUCUUGGGAAAAAAGCAGCACUUGUUAAAUGUUUUAUGAAUCCAAGGAGUCGCCUACAGCACCUCCUUCAGGCACAUCGUCCAUUUUUAAUGAUUAAGGAACAAGUUUCCUGACAAUAAGCUCGAAUUUGGAGUGGUUCCCACUAUCAUCUGGUAAAAUUAUAUGUUGGAUGGCGCCGAGGAUUGAGAACAAAACAGGAACAAAGUGAUGUACAAAUGUGUGCAUAUUCCCAUGGUGGUCACGACCAGCCUGUAUCGGAGCUUGGCUGACCGCGGCAAGUUGCAGUUUUUCGAACGGUGCGGAUUGCGCUGCAGCAGCUGGGACAGACGGGGCGCAACUAUGUGACUGAUCCGUGAAGGGGAUUGGGUGGGCAUUCUGAGUCGCUGAGGUCGGAAUCAUGCUGAGCGGGUCCACGAAUAUCGUCAAGAGGAAUUACCUGCAAGUAAGAAGGCAGGGUGUCGUGCAGGGGUACCAGGCAUUGUAGUGCCAGAUCAGUUGAAAGAUUGGAGAUAUGUGCUCCCUGCGUCCUUUCCUUAUCGGCACCAUUGACGCUGUGUUGAAUAGAUCUGGAAAAGCCUUCAAUGGAGUGCUGCGCAUGAAAAGGAUGUCAAAUUUGCAGAAGGUUUAAUUAGGUUUACAGCUCAUGGGUCGGCGAUUAACUGUCAAGAAACGAUCUUCCUUGCUUGAUAGCAGAUAUCUUUCAGGGUUGUUUUCGGGUGCUUUUUUCUGAGAGUUCUUACAUUCGAUUCUCUGCAGGGUAUAGGGCAACUAUACCUGGUAUCUGGUGAUGAAUCGAAGUCGAUAAUCGGAUCAGUAGCUGAUUAAUCGUGCAGGAGGCGCUGGAAACCUGGAGGUUACGUGCAGAGGAAACGCGUGAUAUUGUUCGAAGCGAUUGAACCAUGCAGUUGAGCACGUACAGUCACAGAUAAAUACUUCGGGGUCAACUUCAACAUCACUCAUCGCAACCAACGGAGUGUAGUCUUCAGAAGUAAGCGCUUGUAUCGUCAUGAAUUGCGGAUUCGAACAAAGUGCACUGAUGAGUCCUCACAGUGGCAGCCCUCCCAAAAGGGCCUCAUUAUCGAGGAACAUCUUUCGUCGACAGAAUUUCAUCCUGGCUCUUCCAACGAUACUGCUCUUGUAUUUGCUAGGAGUAGCAAUCACAUUCAUGGUGUGCGUGCGCACUUUCAGAGCAUUCAACAUCUACCGCCCUGCAUACCAAGAACCCUUGCAGCUCUUCCGCUUCAACACCAUGAACUUCCCUUGGCGAGAAUCUUUGACAGCAGUGCACGAGAACGAAUAUCCGGAUGUUCUGCGGGAGCCUCGAGCUCGAGCACGCGCGCUGCAGGCUGGGCAAGGCGUGGAUUCGGUGAACUCCAACCUGGAGAUUUUGCUAGAUCCCAACGAGCCCGACUUCAUGCACAUACCUACUCAACCGAUGAACAUGGACAAGACUGACUCUUUGCAGGUGAGUUUGAGGAAAAUGACCACCUUCGAACGGAAGAGUUGGUUGAGAGAUAACUGGGACAACUUCCAAAUUCUGAAACUGGAUAACCGUUCCGAUCAGUUCGAAGACCGAAUGCGGCGAUUUCUUUGUGGUGAAAGUGACAAUGUUAUGAACUCACAGACUCGCCGGUUGUUGAUGGCGUCGAAUUCGUCAUCUGAAUCCAACGUCACUGAUGACACCUUGAUGCCGGUUGAGGCCAUGAACAAUAUUGAUGAGCAGAGAAUAUGUCAAAAGGAGGGGAACGAUGAAAAGGGCAACUUCUGUACUAAACGCUUCUUCAUAACAUGGAUGUCACCUGUAAGUUCUUUCGGUCCCCGAGAGCGACUUGGUCUGCAAAGCAUCUUUAAGUGGCACCCACAUGCCUGUGUUGUGAUACUUUCGAGGACAAUGGAUUCUGACGAAGGUCAAAUUAUUCUGGAGCCGUUUAUCGAGAGAGGUUACAGAAUCAUGGCCGUGACACCCAACGUUAUUUCUCUCUUCGAGAACUUACCUGCAGGGGAAUGGUUUAAACAACAACGAGAUGGAACUGGUGAUCCUGGCUGCAUCAACUUCAUGCAAAACAUGUCCAACAUCAUGCGUCUUACGGUGCUUUACAAAUACGGGGGUAUCUACCUUGACAGUGACGUGAUUGUCCUGAAAUCUUUUGACGGGCUCAGGAAUGUCGUUGGAGCGCAGAGCAGGAGCAUUGCAGUUGGAGAAUGGACCAGACUCAACAACGCCGUGCUGGUGUUCGAUAGAGAACAUCCAGUGGUGUACGAGUUUCUUCGUGAGUUUGUGGCCACUUUUGAUGGCAGCAAAUGGGGAUGGAAUGGGCCUUACCUUGUAACCAGAGUGCUGCAGAAGGUGAAAGAACAGCAAUGGCAGAAUUGCUCCUCUGUCUCAGUCCUACCAUUGGAAGCUUUCUACCCCCUCAACUGGGUCGACAUUGUUGCUUUUUUUCAUGCCCAUUCCGAGCAUGAUCAGAGGUGGCAGGAAAAAAAAUUGGAGGUGAUGAAUCAAAAAUCGUACGCCAUCCACCUUUGGAACAAGAAGUCCUCCCAUUUGAGAGUGGAAAAAGGAAGCAUCCUGGAAUCAAUGUUCAAGAGAUCAUGUCUAUUCUGCAACGGCACAGCAUCUUAAUCGACAUUUCGAGCCGUCUUUCUUCCGUCUCAUCUCUCGGUUCCCACGAUGGUUGCAGGUCUGGGAAUCUGCCUGGCACAUGAACCAGUUUUGGGGAAUAGUAAUUGGAUAUAAAUGUCCAUUGAGCUUUUGUGAACGCGUCAUUUACACGGCAUCUGUACAAAAGAAGCACUUCUAGACUACGUGAGUCCCAUCGUUUCCCCAAUACUGAAAUUGGAAUAUGAAUCAGUAUUCCGAGUAGGUUUAGUGACGUGGUCACAGAAUUCCUUGCGAGUUUUUGUUGAAGUGAAAAUUUGUGCGUGGUGAUGAUUGUAUCAGAAGCGUUUUCUCAUACAGUCAUCCCGUACCUCGAUUCGAACAGUGCAAACUUAGGGUUUCAUACUCUACACUUACUCACUGCUGGUGAAGCUUGUAGAAUGGGAAGCCCAAGCCUUGCGAGUUGCAGAUCUGCAUGUCAAUCCAUUAUAAUUCACAUCGACAAGACUAUCUCGAGAAAUGAUAUGGAGUCGUAGUAAGAACAAGCUGAGCGCUCAUUUGUGCCGCUUCCUCUUGUUGCCUUCAUUUUACAGAGGCAUUUGAAAUUUUCCAUAUUGUCUAAUGCACUAACAGUGUAAUAUUACUCUCUCCGCGUCUGUUACAACACCAUCUCCA